CUUCUGCUCUUUGUCUUCACAGCCACCAUGUCACCCAGGCAGGAAUCUGUUUAUCCUGAGUAUGAGACUGACAGCAGCCAGACCUUGAAGCUGAUAAGGAAGUUUAAGGAGACGCCGUUUGUGCCCAUUGGGAUGGCUGGGUUUGCUGCCGUGGUUGGAUACGGGCUGUACAGGCUGAAGCACAGAGGUGACAUGAAAAUGUCACUUCACCUGAUCCACAUGCGAGUGGCAGCCCAGGGCUUCGUCGUGGGAGCCAUAACGUGUGGUGUGCUGUAUUCCAUGUUCCGGGAAUAUGUGGUGAAGCCCAAGGAAUAAAGGAGAGUUUGUCUGAAGGCUCUGUCCUGGUGGUGGCCUGUGCACUGCAGCUCCAAACCUCAUACCAAGGGUUUCUUGAGCAAAAACAAAAUUAUACAUGGCAUUAGAGAAUUGUUCUACUUGUGUAUGGUACACUGUGCUGAAGCUGGAGGCUUAAAUGAUUGUGCACUGGGGGAGUGGGUAUUGGGGUCUGGUUCUCUCUGACUGACACCACCACAUCCCAGUUUCUAGGGGAUAUAGUGGAGUACAAUCCCUUUAUCUUACCCUUCAACUCAGUCCUAAAAUUGGUGACUUCUUUGUCUGUCAUUGCCCAAAACCACAAAGUCUGAAUUGGCUUCUGUCAGAGAGUGUCAGGAGUGCCCUGCUGUCAUUUUUUAUCCUCUGCCUCCAACUUUGUAAUUUAGAAGCUUCCAGUAGCACUAAAUGACUUCUAAAAUAUUGAGAGAGAUAUAUAAACAUCUAUUUUUUUUAUUUAAGGCAUAAGUACUUGGUAUGUCGCAGCUAUUUAAAUGUUAUAUUUAUUCAUUGUUAACGAAGACACGGGCUCCCUAUUUUUGCUAUAUCAGACCCUGGGAUUACUAUAUUUUGUAACUUUAUUUACAGUGUUCUUCUGAAUAACAUCUAAAUGUAACAUUUAAAAUACAUAUUGUGAAAACUAAGCCUUGA